AUGUCAUUGGAACUGGAAAAGGCUCAAAAACCAAAGAAAGACAUGGAUUUGUUGCAUACUCGCACGGGUGGUGCAUAUAUCCCACCAGCUAAACUUAAAAUGAUGCAAGAGCAGAUCAGUGAUAAGAACAGUGAAAUGUAUCAAAGACUGAACUGGGAGCGUCUGAAAAAACGGAUUCAUGGCCAAGUGAACAAAGCGAAUACCAGUAAUUUGCUUAAUGUUAUACGAGAUUUGUUGCGUGAGAACGUCAUUCGAGGAAGAGGUUUGUUGGCACGAUCAAUAAUCCAAGCACAGUCAUAUUCACCAACAUUCUCUAAUGUAUAUGCAGCAGUAGUUGCUGUUAUUAAUAGUCAUUUUCCAAAUAUUGGAAUGUUAAUUAUUCAUCGAUUACUGAUACAAUUUAAAAGGUGUUAUAAGAGAAAUGACAAAGCUUCUACUGUUACAAUAUCCAAAUUUAUUGCUCAUCUUAUCAACCAGCAAGUGAUUCACGAAAUCCUUGCAUUGGAAAUGAUGAUACUGAUGCUUGAAAACCCAACUGAUGAUUCAGUAGAGGUCACAGUAGCGUUUUUGAAAGAAUGCGGUGCUAAACUGUCUGAAAUUUCUCCUCGUGGUUUAAAUGCAAUCUUUGAUCGAUUACGAAGUAUUCUGAGUGAUUCGGAUAUAGACAAAAGAAUUCAAUACAUGAUCGAAGUUAUUUUUCAUAUCCGGAAAGAUAAAUUCCAGGCUUAUCCAGCACUGAUUGAUGAUUUGGAUUUGAUAGAAGAAGACGAUCAGAUAACGCAUACCGUCACGCUGGAGGAUCCACUUGUUCCAGAAAAUGAAUUAAAUGUAUUCAAAUAUGAUCCUGAAUUUGAAAAACAUGAGGCAGAAUACGAAGAAAUUCGACGCGAUGCAAUUGGUUUGGCAGAGGGAGACUCGGAUGAAGCGGAAGGGGAAGAAACACCAGAUGAAGAGGCAACAGAAACUCAACAAGAGGAGAAACAAAGUAUGGUGAUCAUCGACAACACAGAGCAGAACUUGGUGGCAUUUCGACGCAACAUUUACUUGACAAUUCAGUCUUCCCUCGACUUUCAGGAAGCAGCUCAUAAAUUACUUAAAAUUGAUUUGAAAAGUGGUCAAGAUGUGGAGCUUUGCAAUAUGAUUGUGGAUUGCUGUGCUCAGCAAAGAACCUACGAAAAAUUUUAUGGUUUACUUGCGGAGCGAUUUUGCCGGCUUCGCAAAGAAUUUCAAGAAGCUUUCGAACGCAUUGCUCGCGAUACUUACAAUACCAUACAUCGAUUUGAGUAUAACAAACUUCGCAAUAUGGCCUGCUUAGUGGCUCAUCUUCUUUCAACCGAUGCUAUUUCAUGGGAUAUCUUGGACCAGAUAUCAUUAAAUGAGGAGGACACAACUUCUUCUGGGCGAAUAUACAUUAAAAUAGUGUUCCAAGAACUUGCCGAAUUUUUAGGCGUGGAAAAUCUAUUGCAGAGAAUUCGCGACCCGACAAUGCAGUCUUCUUUCGACAAAAUAUUCCCGCGUGAUAAUCCGAAUAAUACACGCUUUUCGAUCAAUUUCUUUACUACGAUAGGUCUCGGAUAUCUUACAGUCGAUCUAAGAUUGCAUUUGAAUCAAGCUCGAAAAAGCGCUCAAGCAAAAGAAGAAAUUUCGUCGUCUUCAGAAAACUCAUCAAGUGACUCAGAUUCGGAUGAAAGUAGUAGUGACUCGAUUUCCAGCACAUCUUCAUCAGAGACCAGUGACAGCAGUGAUAAUGAAAAAUGGAAACAUAAAAUGAAAGGCUUACAAAAGAGCGAAAAGACGAAAAAAAUACCAAAAAUUGUCCAAGAAAAAAAUCAUUUCUCGAAAAAUAUUGGUCGAGAGAAUGGAAGUGAUUGGGAAAAUGGAUCUCACGGUGGAGUAAGCAAAGUAGUAAGUGAGAAACGAAGAAAUGACGGAGAAAAAAUGAAAAUACGAAGUUAUGACAGCAUAAAUGACAGGAAAAUGGGAGGCAAACAUGAAGAGAAACGAACCGGUAAUGAAAGGAAUGAAUCAAAUGGAGAGAAACACAAAAGAUACAUUAUUGGAAGAGAGGAUACCAAGGAACAACGGAAUAAGAGAAAAAAGCGUGAUAGAAAUAGACGGGAAGAGGAUAAAAUAGAAGAACGUAAAUGUAGUGAUAAGGGGAAAAGACGAAGAAGUGAUUCAAGCGAUUUGGAAAAUCGAGGGAAGCAUACAAAUAAUGAGGAAGUGAGUCAGGAUAAUGAAGUCAGAGGUAGAAAAAGCAAAGGAGACCAACGUAAAGGGAAACAGGAAAUUGAAGUGAUUAAAUAUAAAAGUAAGAAAGGAGAUAUCGCCAGGGAGUCAAGGAAACAGCAGCGAAAGGAAUUAGAAGAUCAACAUUGGUAUCAUGGUUUACUGUCCAGAGAAGACAUCGAGAAGUUGCUGGUUAAGAAUGGAGACUUUUUGGUGCGUGUAACGGACAAUCAAGGAGUACAUCAAAUUGUUCUCAGUAUACAUGUCGGUGAAAGAAAUAUUCAUCUAACUAUUGCUGUGACGGAAGAUGGCCAUUUUCAACUGUCAGUACUACGAAGAGGGCGUAGGUUUCCCUCGAUUUACGACUUGGUCCAAUAUUAUAAGAUGCAUAAAAUUAAGAUAAAAGAUGCAAGCGGCAAAGAUAUUCGUCUUGGAGAUGGAGUACCCAAACCUAAAUGGCUUGUUAAACAUGAAGCGAUCAAUUACGACAAAAAUAAAUUGCCACUUGGUUCAGGAAAUUUUGCGGAUGUCUAUCUUGGCACAUUUACUUGUGAGAAAGAUGGCAAUAAGCAAAUAAUUCCGGUGGCAAUCAAGAUUAUAAAGCCUGAAAAAGGUGGUGGACGCGAAGCGAAGCAAUCAAUGAUAAGGGAAGGCAAAAUUAUGAGUUUUUACAAUCAUGAAAACAUUGUUCAGUUUUAUGGAGUAGCAUGCGAUCGACCACCAAUAGCCAUUGUGAUGGAGUAUUGUCCUGGUGGUAGUUUGGAAAAUCAUCUCAAAAAGCAAAAGGAAAAUAUCGUCAUCGGCGAACGAAUUGAAUAUUGUUUAGAGGCAGCACUUGGCAUGCGGUAUUUGCACAUGCAGGGUUGUCUCCACCGUGAUCUUGCUGCACGUAAUUGUCUUAUUUCGAUGACGGGUUUGGUGAAAAUUUCAGAUUUCGGUCUAAGUAAAGCAGACACACUUGAUAGAGAGAAUGGUAUUGAAUUGAACGGUAUUCCAAUAAGGUGGAUGGCACCAGAAACGCUCGUAAAAAAUCCCCACUUCUCGAAGAAGAGUGAUGUAUGGUCAUUUGGGGUUCUAUUAUAUGAGAUUUUCAACUUGGGCAUAAAGCCAUGGCCAGAUGAUGAAAAUAAACGGAUUGCUACAAAUAUUCGGCAUAUUCGAAUGCCAGAAAUGCCAUCAAUAACACCACCAUCAAUUAAAGCUUUAGUUUCAACUAUAUGGGUAAAAAAUGUAGAUAAUAGACCAAAUUUCAAAAUUAUAUGCAAGAAAUUGCAUGAUAUGCAAAAGGGUGAUCUAAAACCACCACCAGUUGCCGAAUGUGCAGUAAAUCGUAUACCUAAUGUGAAACGAAUGGGAUAUAUCAAAAUAGAGCAAAUGUUGGACGAAACAACAGAGGAAGCAGAACCUGUAGAAACGCCCACAAUGACUACUGAUGAAACUACCGAGGGAGGGAGAAGAGUACGUAGAAGAUCGAUAAAUACGAAGUAA